CAAGAUGAAGACGAGAGCAGGCACCUCACAUACAUCACCAAGACUCCUCCUAGGCUAGCUUUAGCGAUCUUCAAUGGCGAGCCCCUCCUACACCUCGCUCUUUGUGCUCUGCUUGCUUGUGCUCUCGGUCACUAGUCAAGUUACCAAAACUAGCGCUGGGCGUCAGGUUCCUGCAGCAAGCUCGGAUAAGAAGCAGACAGAGUGCCUUGAUCAUGAAGGCACGGUCUUGAUUCCGGGCGUCGGGCGUUACAUGAUCGGCAGCCAUGACACACCGGACAUUACUGGACUGGACAGCAGUGGUCCGGCUGCAGUCCACAGCCAGUAUAUCCCAGGGAAUGAUGACACUUUCGUGCCCAACCCAGGCUUCGAGGUUCCAAACCCUGCUGGCGGGGCUGUAUCACCCCCAUAAUCGUGCAGUCUACAAAACAUAUCUUGCUCGCUACCCACCAAGCCAGCCCUCCUCCUCCAAUCCUCCUCCUCCUCCUCCAAACCCUGCACUGGUAGUUUCGUGUGUCUGCUAAUGCUCUGCUUUUUAUGUCUAAGAUUAGGUAUGUGUUAUUCCCGUAAUUUGUGCGACCAAACGUUGAUUCCCCAUCAUCGUUAUGCUACGGCGUAUGUCUGUAGUGAGAUAAAAGAUGUGAAACACACUCCGAGAAGGGGUGUUGUUUAAAAUCUUGUGUACCAAUAUAUAUAUAUAUAUAUAUAUUAUGUAUCAAUCUGUGUCCCCAGAAAUUCAAGUAAUAAAUCUUGCAGAGGCGGUCGCUUC